GCGGCACAACCUGCUCUGAAAGGUGUUAUCAGCAGUGCACACUUCAUCUGAUGAAGUAAAACAAUGUGACUUUAUCUGAUAAACUUCUGUCAGCUCUGGCUCCACCAGUCUGAAAAGUGGAAGACAGCAGCUUCAGUUCCUCAAAUGUGGACACGCUGCAUGUGUGUGUGUGUGUGUGAGAGAGUCAGUGUGAUUUUCUGACUGUCAGCGAGUGGCACAAUGUCUGACCGAGCGUCACACACUCAUGAAAGCGCAACACUUCUGGACCCGGAGUGUGUGGAAAGCUUAAGGAGAAAACUCAAGUAUUUCUUCAUGAGUCCGUGUCAGAAAUACAGCACUAGAGGACGGAUACCAUGGAAGAUGAUGCUGCAGAUACUCAAGAUUGUCAUUAUUACCGUUCAGCUGGUCUCUUUUGGAUUGAGCAACGAGAUGAUGGUGACGUUCAAAGAGGAAAAUCUCAUCGCCUUCAAGCACUUCUUUCUGAAAAACUACAAGGACAGCAAUAAACAUUACGCCUUGUACACAAAACAUGAAGUUCACGACCACAUCCUCUACACCAUCAGACGGUAUCUACAGCUACAAAACCUGACGAUUGGCAAUCAAGCGCUGGAGAUGAUCGAUGGUCUGGCGACUCCUCUGUCUCUCUGUCAGCAGUUGUAUCGACAUGCGCGCGUCGUGCCGUCUAAUGAGACGUUUGAAAUCGAUCCACAUGUAGAGACAGAGUGUGUUUCUGUGUAUCCCCUUUCUCCCAUCACGACUGACAGUCUGGAAAACUCCCUGAACUUGACUUUAGAUUUUCAAAGGUUGUUAGCGGUAAACAUUUAUCUGAAGAUCAAGGCUAUCAACAUUCAGACGGUUCGCCAUCAAGAGUUACCAGACUGCUACGACUUCAGCAUUAAUAUCAUGUUUGACAAUCGUGCACACAGCGGACAGAUCAAGAUCUCUCUCAGCAGCGGCGUGCAGAUAAACGUCUGUAAGGACUGGAACAUUUCUGGCUCAACAGACAGCCACUUUGCGCUGAUUGUGGUGUUUGACUGUUUGAUCAUCUGCUUCUGUCUGCUGUCACUCAUCCUCUGCACGCGCUCAGUCCACACAGGAUUUCUCCUACAGACUGAAUACAGAAGAUUCAUGUCCAGUCAGCACAGUAAAAGCGUCUCAUGGUCUGAGAGGCUGGAGUUCAUCAACGGCUGGUACAUCCUCAUCAUCAUCAGCGAUGCGCUGACUAUUGCAGGCUCAAUCCUCAAAAUCUGCAUACAGAGCAAAGAACUGACGAGCUAUGACGUGUGCAGUAUUCUGCUGGGCACUGCAACAAUGCUGGUGUGGAUUGGAGUAAUGCGCUACCUCAGUUUCUUCCAGAAAUAUUAUAUCCUCAUCCUCACCCUGAAGGCUGCACUUCCCAAUGUGAUUCGAUUCUCCAUCUGCGCUGUUAUGAUCUACCUGAGUUACUGCUUCUGCGGAUGGAUCGUUUUGGGGCCACACCAUGAAAAUUUUCGCACAUUUAGUAGGGUUGCUGGCUGUCUUUUCUCCAUGAUUAAUGGGGAUGAAAUCUACUCCACGUUCACCAAGCUCCGGGAAUACAGCACUCUGGUGUGGCUGUUCAGCAGACUCUACGUCUACAGCUUCAUCCCGGUCUUCACAUACAUGGUUCUGAGUGUCUUCAUCGCCCUCAUCACAGACACGUAUGAAACCAUCAGGCACUAUCAGAAGCACGGAGCGCCUUUAUCUGAGCUGCAGGCUUUCAUUGCUGACUGCAGAGACCCACGAAACUAUGACAAGAACACUACAAAUGAAGAUGAAGAGUCCUCCUCCUUCUGCUGCCUUUGUGCUCCUUGUGUGUUUUGCACUUGAUCUGAUCAGAAAUGCUCGACGUCUCAUAUAUUUGUGGUUUGUGACCAAAAAAUGGUCUGUUUUUGUGCUCAUGGACCUGGAGAGACGGGACAAUCUGCUCAUUUUUACUGGCGUUUCAGUAUGGAGCCAGUUCAGUCUCAAAAAUAAUACAUUUACAAAAUAUAAUUCCUACAUGCACAGCACAGUUCACAUUAGUAAAAUCCAAUUUGUAAAUUCAAAAUUCAUUCAUUUAUUUUCUUGUCGGCUUAGUCCCUUUAUUAAUCCAGGGUCGCCACAGCGGAAUGAACCACCAACUUAUCCAGC